GGGUUGAAGUCAAUGUUACCCUAGUACUAUGACCAUGUAAUGCACUCCAGUUUCUCAAAAGCCGUGUCUGCUGACAAUUGCAUUCGACAGCAUGCUCAUCAGGGUUCUCAUGAGCGUAGUAAUCUCGCUGUCGCAUAUCCGAUGGACUUCGGGAAGUUACGUUGCAAUGGCAGUCAUUCACUGCUACCUCCCUCGUCAAACCCUCUGUCGGCGGAACAUCACAUUCACCUACGCUUUGAUCGCAUGCGACUAUAAUAGAUGAUAAUGCGAAGUAUGCCGUGUGCGUAUGCCACGUGCACAGCUUUUGAGCUUUCCACGCAGCAUGUCUACCAUGGUUUCUCUGCUCGCCUCUCCGCCCGCACCUGCCACCAAACUGGGUCGUCAUCGCCAACUUUCACCUUCUGCUGGAGUUCAUGUCUCUCCCAUAUGUCUCGGUGCCAUGAGUAUCGGGGACAAAUGGUCCUCUUUCGGUAUGGGGGCCAUGGAUAAAGAGAGCAGCUUCAAGCUACUUGAUGCCUUCUACGACGCCGGCGGGAACUUCAUUGACACUGCGAACAAUUAUCAGGAUGAGAGCUCGGAGGAGUUCAUCGGUGAAUGGAUGGAGGGUCGCGGUGUUCGCGACCAGAUUAUACUUGCUACCAAGUACACCACUAACUUCAAACGCGGCAAUCCCGACGUCAAGCAGAAGACAAAUUACUCCGGUAACAAUGCCAAGUCUUUGCACGUCUCAGUCGAGGCCUCACUGAAGAAGCUACGUACCGACUACGUUGACAUCCUCUAUGUCCACUGGUGGGACUACUUCACGAGUAUCGAGGAAGUUAUGAACGGCCUUCACAACCUGGUAGUCCAAGGCAAGGUGAUUUACCUGGGUAUCUCUGAUACUCCCGCUUGGGUAGUCUCGAAGGCCAACAUGUAUGCGAGAGACCACGGCAAGACGCCUUUCUCGAUUUACCAAGGGGCAUGGAGUAUCCUGCUUAGGGAUCUCGAGCGAGAGAUAUUACCAAUGGUUCGAGCUGAGGGAAUGGCUCUCGCACCUUUCGAUGUUCUCGCCGGCGGGAAGAUACGAAGCGACGCUGAGGAACAGCGGCGUCGCCAGACCGGAGAGAAAGGACGCGCAAUACUAGGCCAGGAUUGGGAGCGAUCGGAGGCACAACGUCAAGUGUGUCUUGCUCUUGAAAAGGUUGCAGAAGAGGUUGGCGCGAAAUCCAUUACCGCAGUCGCUAUCGCCUAUGUGAUGCAGAAGAUUCCGUAUGUCUUCCCAAUCAUUGGUGGUCGCAAAGUCGAGCAUCUCUAUCAGAACCUCGAAGCUCUUGAUAUCGCUCUAACCGCUAAUCACAUCGAUUACCUCGAGAGUAUCCUCCCCUUCGAUCGUGGCUUCCCUUACAACCGAUUUGGUGAUGGAUCCAGCUAUGAGCGGUGGUGGAACACUGCCGGUUGUUUCGAUAAAUGGCCUGCUCAAGAGCCUAUUCGUCCUUCAAAGGACUAGUCCUUCCACGUAUGCCGGUGCAUUAUUUUGAAACACAUCGGUGUAGAAUGGUAUGCCAGUACCAAACGAGUAUAUAUAGACCUCUAAGCGACUCGUGUAUAUGCAGACUAUUUGCACAAACGAAGGCACGUGUAUGUAAGGGGGAUGGAACUGCGAAAAUGUGUUAUAGGAUGAUGUCUGCACCGUUACUCGGCAGCGAACCCCUCGUUCUCCUCCUGCUGAAACUCUCCCGUACUCAGACUAUCCCUCAAGCUCAUCACCUCGUCCUGAAUGGUAAUCUUAUACCCAUCCUUCAGGUAGAGGCCCGUUAGAGUUAAGUAAACACUCUCCAUAUCA